AUGAGAUCCGCCACCGUCCUCUCUUUCCUUUCAGCAGUUGCCUUAGGGGCACCCACCCCAAACCCUUUGAGAAUCGGCUCAGAAAGUCCGGGUUCUGAACAUAAACGAAGCCCCGCCAAUCCCAAUGUAGACGACUCCAAGUUCUCAAUUGGUCUCGGCAUUCCGGCUGUUGUCGUCGAUGGACACCCCAUCAAGAUCCCUCAUGUGAAACGUGAUCCUGCCGAUGAUGUGAACGACUCCAAGUUCUCAAUCGGUUCCCACUCAAUUAUAACUGGAGGUCCUGCUGUUUCCAUUGACGGCCAUGCCAAAGGAGGGUCUGUAGGAAAUGACCCUGGUUCAUCUAUUCAUAUUCACAUUCGAGACCCUGAGCCAAAUCUUGCCAAGAAGCGCAGCGCCGAGAUUAUAACUGGAGCUUCAGCUAUUGGAUUUGGCACGUCAGCUACAGGCGGAAGCGUGAGUCUCUCUGGAGAUUCAAAGGGCAAGGAUGGUGCUUGCAAAAAUGGUAAGCAUGGUAAAGACGGCAAAGACGGCAAAGACGGUACAGAGGGUGCCGGUAUUGCCAAUCUAAUGUUCAAGCAGGGUGGCAACGGCGGUGAUGCAUUGGUGCCCGGCAGUCGUGCCGGCAACGGGGGGAACGGUGGCAUUAUCAUCAAUCCCUAG